AUGAGCCAAAUCCUGGCACAAAAAGGCCCUGUUGUUCAGGAGGUAAUUGGCCAUGAGGAAGAGACACACCCGCAAGAGUCUGUGAGGAGCAGGUCGAAGGGAAUCACGACUUGGUCUUCGGAGGACGGAAGCGCCGGCGUCGUCGCCAAGGGAGACCUGCCUCCGCAGGCUGUCGGGGGCCGAAAGACCAGGAGGAGAAGUUUGCUGGCGCAGAUAGGCAAGGGACAACCUGGCAGUCCGUCACAUUCUUCGCCUGCAAUGGCCAAGAUCUCGGACGCGCUCCGCCCGGUUGUGGAUAGCUUCUGGUUCCAAACCCUCAUUGUCUUCUUCGUCGUCGUGGCGCUUUUUGGGGGCGAUCUCGCGACCCUCGCAGAUUUGCCCGACGAACCCGGCUUGUUUAUGCUCGACCUCAUGAUGUCCUUAGCGACAGUGGUCUUCUGUAUAGAGAUGGCAUUGAAUUGCCUGGCACGCAUGCACGUCUACCCUCUGUCUUUCUUCUUCGUGAUGGACUUCAUUGGCACUCUUUCUAUGGCAUUUGAGAUCUCCUUCCUGCUUGGCAAUCAGGCAGAUAUGCAGACUGUACAAGAUGGCUUCGAUGCCGUCUUGAUGCGUACAGCUCGAGCAGCGAAGAUCGGAGCUCGCAUCGGGCGGCUGUCGAAACUCAUGAAAUACGUGUCUUACCGCAUUACCAACCGCCACGGGUUUUUUAUCGGGGACAAGCCUGCAGAAGCCAAAGUCUUGUCGACAAAAUUGAUGCUGACGUUGUCCACCACAGUGUCAAUGCUCAUCCUCGUGCUCGUAUUUACGUUUCCACUUUUCACCAUCGGACUGUACCCGCAGCAGGACCUGUCCAUGAAGACCUGGGCGGAAAAGCUUGAGAACGCAUUCAGUGAAACGGUGGCCAUCCAGCUCAACUCGCAAGUGAGCUCGAACUUGUUCCAGGAGAAAGUGUCCAGAAUGAUCGCCUUUUACAGCACUGUGGGGUACAAACCCUUCCGACUGGAGGGGUUCGGGGAGGAUGUGGUGCUCGAGAACUCGACGAUGACGGUCCGAGGAGCAUCUUUGUUGGUUCGGUCAGAUCCAGUCCGGAUCUCACACAUCUUCAAGAUAUCCGUAGAGAGUUGCCUGGUCCAGCGUGCUGCUUGCCAGACGGACCCGCUGCCGUCGAUUUUGUUCGACUUCACAAGCCCACAGCAGAUUGAGUCAGCCCAAGACAUGGCCCUGAUGUGCUUCAUCAUCGCGCUGAUGAUGAUCGUCUCCUUGAUUCUCAGCCACACUCUCGAUCGAUUGCUUGUGCAACCGAUGGACCGUAUGCUGUACAUGGUAAAGAGCAUGGCCGCAGAUCUCUUAAAGCAGUUCGGUUUGGACGACAGUCCUGAGGAAGAAGCAGAACCGAUUGCAGAGACUGCCCUGAUCGAGGAGAUAUUCAAAAAGUUCGCGCGGCUCGCCAAUCUGGCUGCAGUGCGGAACGAGCUCACCGAGGAGGAAAUGGCAGGCAUGGACAAUGAUGCGAGGGCCGUCCUCCUCGACGUAAUGCACUUACAGGUCAACAGAGACCUGUCAUCGUUGGCUGCUGUGGCCAACGCAUCGGAGCCGUGUUUUGCCAACCUACCGGUCAACGAGUCCGUCUUCUCCACCUUUGAGUUGGACGUGCUUGAGCUGCCCGUGGAGCAAAACCAGCAAGUGGUUGUGCACAUGUUUUUUGACUCUUUCAUUGGAAGAUCGACUGGCCGCAUACUUGCUCAGCCGGAGACGUUCCACAAAUUUCACUCGGUCGUUUAUUCAAACUACAACAGCCUGCCCUACCACAACUACUUCCAUGCCGUCGACGUGACGUAUACUGUGCACAGGCUCAUGGAUAUCAACCGCACAGAUGCUUGGUUGUCAAACGUUGAGAAGUACGCGCUGCUUCUUGCCGCGCUUUGCCACGAUGUGGGUCACCAGGGAAAGACAAAUCCGUUCCUUGUGGAGACGCAGCAUCAGCUCGCACGAGUAUACAACGAUAAGUCGCCCCUUGAGAACAUGCAUGCUGCCAAGCUCUUCGAAAUUGCAAGCAACGAGGACACGGACGUCUUCAAGCGGCUGGACAAGGAUGCGCGGAAGACCGCUCGCAAGGUUUGCAUAGCAGCCAUCCUUCACACGGACAAC